CGCCCUCUCUUUCGUUGGUCAUACUUCAUGCAAAUGUCGGCUCCAUCAUUCUGUCUCGAAAAAUCUGCAAAACUUGCUGAAUUUAAUUAUUUAUUACAACAAUGUGGAAUCUUUUAUACGUUGGGCAGAGAGAUAGGCGAGGAAGGGACGCAUAUCAGCAAAGCACCAAAAGAAAAUGACCACUUGAAGCCAUGUUAUCAUCAUCAUCACUUGGUUCCAGCAAAAGUGUAGCUAAAUAUUUUUCACUGACUGAACUCCCGCAACGCAUGUACGGUUGUGAUGCUUGAUAAUCUACAACAAAAUUCUCAGCCAGCAAGAGCUUCAACUUAAACGUAGUACAUAAAUGAUGACCAUUGGAUAUUAGCAACAGUGCCAAUAAAAAAGUGCCUUCUUGAUUUACUACUACGAUGUUCAAGUCAAAGACAGCUUCAACCUACUCACCGGCAGGGGAAUCGUCAAAGAAUAAUAAUUCCACAGGAAAUGGGGGACCAACGUCCACCAUUUCGGAGGAAGACGGGACAACGACGACGACGACGAAUGGUCCAUUGGCCGAAGGGAGCGUGGAUGUUGGGAAGGAAGCCAAGGAAAAGAAGGACAAAUCCUCCUGGGUCAAAACAAUAGGGAUGCGGACACUGAGGAUGAGACGAAGUACAGAUUCCCGAUCCUCGAGAUUAUCUCUGCCCAGUUUCGCGUCCCUGGACCGCCCAGGAAAAAGCAAGAAGAAUAAGACGGGAAAAGGUGGCGACGAAAGUAGUAGUAAAGAUAGUACAGAACCUCAAUACGGAAUAAUUACUGAUUCCUCCACAACACAUAUCCCCACAAACAAUGUUUUAAACAGUAAUCUUAGUGAUCAGACGAUUACUGGUGGUGGUGACCACGUGAAAGUGAGUUGUGGUGGAAGUGGUGAUAAUAGUACCGCCGCGUCUUCCUCUUUCCUGAAUGAAUCUUCCCCGAGUUUCGGAAGUGGGACUCUUAACACCAAGAAAAGCAAGGAUGCUGCUGCAACCGGGACUGCUGCUGCUGCUGGAACUGGAGAAAAUUCGGAUAAACAUGACCCCGCUCGAUUCCUGGGAGAAGGGUUGACCUUCAAGGGAAAGCUGAUUGGAGUGUUGGAGGUUUCAGGGCCUCGAGGAGACCGAAUAUGUCAGGAAGCGCUGUCCGACUUAAAGAUGGCUGUGAAAGCUGCAGGAGAACAUAAGCAGAAAGUUACCGUUCACGUGGCGUUGGAUGGGUUAAGAAUUCGGGAUGAAAAGACAGGGGACUGUUUGUACCACCACCAAGUCCACAAGAUAUCAUUCAUCGCCCAAGAUCUCACUGACACGCGAGCAUUCGGCUACAUUUUCGGCUCUCCAGACACUGGGCACAGAUUCUUUGGAAUAAAAACGGAAAAGUCUGCCUCUCAAGUUGUGAUAUCCAUGAGAGACUUGUUUCAAGUUGUGUUUGAUUUCAAGAAGAAAGAAAUUGAGAAGGCAAAACAGCAAUUGGAGAUGCAACAAAAGUUUUUAGCCACCCGGGCACAAGAAACAGCUCCACCAUCCAAGAAGACUGAGCCCAAGUUUGCAAUUGCCGAGACGUAUAUUGAAGGGGCUGGUGCAGCCGGAAUUUCACGUCCUGUACCUAAUCGUGUCGCACCGGAAGUGGAUUUACUGAAUCUCGAGGUGGAGCUGACAAGUUUGCAAGAAGGCCUAGACAACAUUCACCACAAUUUACAGGAAUCUCUGCCAUUUCGAGGCAGCACUGCUUCUAUAUCUAGUGAUCCUAUGAAUCCUAUGCCAAAACGAUCCUCUGUAUCGUCAUCUAAUGCCAAUAAUACUACUCCAGUUCCCUCCGUGUUUGGUGGUGGUGUCAGUGACCCAUUUGGUGACUCAUUCUCGUCAUUUGACCCUUUCACCGAGACAUCUGGUCCCUAUCCUUCAGCAACAAAUUUCCAAUUGGGUACAACAAGCUCAAAAGUUGGUGGAUCUGCCUUGACGUGCUCUUUCACGUCUGAUCCAUUCGCCCAAGUUGAUCCAUUUCCCAAGUAUCCUGGCGAUACGGACUUUUUCAAUUCCGAUCCCUUUGAUAGUCCAUCCGGUCCAAUGUCAUUCAGUUUCCCUGCACCAGAAGCAAUUAAUACGUCAUUUAGAAAUAGCUCCGACUCUUCCGAUGUGAGACUACAACGGGGUGGAAACAUUAAUGGGGGAAGCCCUGCUCCACGACCCAAAUUCAGUGAUAACCAUCAACAAGAAAAAGUAGGCGGAAAAGAGAAAGUGGGAUGGACGGCGUCCUUUGAGGAUAAUUUUGUACCUGAGACGGCGGCUGACUCGGUUAUUGGAAUGUCCAAUAAACCGCAUCGAGACGUUUUUAAAGCCUUGGAUCCAUUAGAAGUCAGACGUGGCCCAGCAGCAUCUGGAUUCACAGAAAUGUCAGUUACAAAAAUGCAACAAUACAGCAUGGAUGGAGGAGGGCAACAUCUACCAAAUUCUUUCUCUUCAAACUUUAGCCCAUCAACAAACAAUCAAAACAAUGCAGCAUCUUCUGAGCUUGAAUUAAAAACACCAGUCAGUACAUUUAAUGCAAGAGCAGAGUCACCCCCAAAUUAUAGUCCGCCCCCACCACCUCGAGUUACUGGGUCUCCAAAUCCAUUAUCAUCUCAAUCAGGAGGGAAUAACAAUACUCAUCAAGUUCCACAUAUAUUGCCACCUGCAACAAGUUCUCCACGACUGGGGAAGAAAAAAUCUCCCCAGAUUUUAAAACAAAUAUCAAUUGCAGAGUCAACCUUGAGCUCUUCUUCUUCUAGUCCAAAUAAGGCCGCAUUUCCGACCAACAGAGCAACCACGCUACGAAUUGGAAAGACAUUCACUAUGGAUUCGUCAUUCAAGGAUGAUAUUCCAAACCUGUCACCCCCACCACGUCCUCCACACGGGCAACAGACUGGUGGUGGUAUUGGUGUUAGUGGAGGAACUCUAAAAUCUGGUUCAUCAAGUUUGUCAUCUGCACUGCCUCGUCCGACUUCUGGAUCAUCAGACAAAGGAAAGAAACUCCCUGGAAAUGUGAGCGUGAUUGGGCUUCCCCCCGAACCACCACCACGCCCACUGCAAUCCUCUUCGUCCACCACAGUUUCUAAUCAUCCCCUCCAACUGGUUUCACCACCACCUCCACUGCCUCCUAAAAAGCAAUCUCUCUCCUCGACAAUGUCAACCCCACUGGGUCUCAAACAACACGAUAGCAAGAAGCCACUCGCGGCCACGUUCAGCAGUCGGAGUGCGACAUCGGAAUCAAACGAUCUUCCUUUACCACUUCCACUCCGAAAAGUGCAUCAUGGAGGAGCAGUGUCAUCCGAGCAGCAGUCUAAUUUAAGUAGUGCCUUGCAUAAUAGCGGUGGAGGUGGACGUUACGCUGUUCCAGAGUCGAAUCGUCCCUUCACAACAAGUUCUCCUCACACGCAGCGUCGCGCCGUCCCCCCACCGAUAUCCACACCGGCUGAAGGGAAGGUGGCCUUGUCAAUGGAACAAGCUCUGACUCAAGUUGCGUCGCUAAGUUUGAGAGAUCUCGCUGUCCAGUUGGAGCUUCCCGUUGACCAGCUCUCAUCCUACACGAUUCAACAACUUGCCCACAAAUUGACCGAAAUGAACCUGAGUAAAAAGACUGGUGGACGAUAUGGUGAAAUAUCUGAACCAAAUUCAUCAAGUCAUCAAUUUGCUGACAACAAAAGUGACUUUGGUGGUUUCGACGAUGACUUCUCGACAGCAUCUGCUCCACCGCGAGUCAGUGUACAAAAAGGACCCCCCUCCGGAUUUGAUAGAUAUGCAGUAUUUCGCGAACUUGCCUUGGAAGAUGCGAGCGGUUUCAGUAUUGUGAACAAUGUGGGGAGCAUGGAUAGAAGUAUAAACUCGGAUGACGAUGAACAAUCCACAACAACGCUGGAAAAACAAUUCGCCUCAGACAGAGAGUCCAGUAGUGAGCGAACGUUGCAGGCGGACGACCUUACGGAACCGACUCAUCUGAAGAGUGCAAGUUUUGCGACUGCAAACAUGGCAAAUACAAUGGACGAUGUGACCGACGUGAACUUUUCAGACGAUCAAGACAACGGGAAGUUUACGUUGGAUGAUGAUGACGAUGAUAUCAUUGCGGCUGGAUUCGUCAAAAAUGAAUGGGCAACGUUUGAGUCAAACUUUGAUGAUCAAUUCGCCAUGACUGCACUAGUCAAGGCGGAAGAGGGCAAUGAAAGCCCGUGGGAUUCUGAUGAUGGGGCUGGAGGAGUAGUACAAAAGUCGAAUGUUAUCACCAAUUUGCCACCUCAGCAUCAGCACAAUAAUGAUCAACGCAGCCCACGCCAGCCUCAUGACCACUUUGAUUUCAAACCCUUUGAAAAACCACCCGAAUUAGUACAAUCUGCUGCAAAGGAGCGAGUCAACCAACGCAAGUAUUCUGAAGAUGAUGGUGGUGAUGGAAGAUUUAAGAGUACAUCGACUCCGGAAGGAAUCCGCUCACCAGCAACUCCAGGUCAAUUUCAACGACAAAGUUCUGGAUCGUCUCGACAAAGUGAGCGUAGUUCUGGUGGUGGUGGUGGUGGGGGUAACAAUCCACCCGCAACUGGUGGGAAAGUUUCUGACUAUUCCGAUUCCGGAAAAGGUGGUCCAGGCGGCGGCGGCGGCGACAGACCGAGAAGACAUAGACAAGACCUCGAUCGUAGUUGGGAAUUUGAUCGUGAAGGACGUGAUGGUAGUGGACGGUAUAAUCGGGAGAGAGGAGGAGAUCGUGACCGUGAUAGAGACCGAGACUAUAGACCAGACUCCAGAAGUAGUUAUACCUCAAUUCCUCGCAAGUAUAGAAACGGGGAUUCUGGCGAUGAGGAUAAUUCGGUGCGUCGAGUAAAGAGUCGGGUCAUGUCUGGGUCUGGUGGUGGUGGUGGUACUUAUCGACGAAGAAGUAAGGAUUACGAUCGUGAAGAAGGCGAAGACGAAGACGAUGACCGCUCUUAUGCAUCACAUCACUCAAACUACUCAUCCACAAGAAGACAUCGACGCUACCCGUCAGCCAAAUAUUAUUACUCUCGAUCUGGGCGAGGAGGCGACCGGAGAGGAGGAGGAGGUGGCGGGGCCGGUUCACCCGACAGAUACUCAAAUCAUGAAAGUGACGACGAAUCCAUGGAGGAAGAACUUUACACAAGAAAAAGAGACAGGGAAAAUUAUGCUCGUGAGCGAGAAUACUAUGAACGACAUCAUCGUCCACGUCCAAAUUCUGGGAGUAGUACUGGUGGCAAACAACGGUAUAGUCCGAGACAUCCAGACCAUUACUAUCGUCGGUCGGAUAGAAGGAGAUAUAAGGACGACGAGGACUAUGGAGAUAGCAGAGAAUUCUCAGAGUAUUCGGGAGAAGACGAUCAUCCCUCGUCCCACAGUCAUCACGGGGGACAUCGGCGUGUCAGAGCAAAGAGAAGCACUCACUAUCGUGACAGAGACGCUCGGGAAGUCCCGCGUGGUCACUACUAUACAAAUUCACCAUCUUCACGGUCAGACGAGGCAGAAAAGGAACCUGAUACUCCAGGGAAAUCGAGCAAAGUAUCGUCCCAACGAAGGCCUAAUUCUGGAAAGGAUAGUACCAGCAGAGGAGGAGGAGGAGACGAACGACGCCGAGGAGAAAGUCCUGAACAUUACGGUUCUCGUCGACAAGAAAAAGAGUACUCAUCAUCAUCGCGGCGGUAUCAAAGCGAACUCGCACUCAAUUCAAAGUUGCAAGAUUCGCCUAAACUAUCCUCUCUCAAUUUUGAGGACGACUUUGGUGCGUAUAGUCUCCCAUCGGAUAAUAAUCCAAAAAGCCGAAAUGCCAGUAUAUCUUCACCACCUUUACCUCAGGAUAAUAAUCAUGCUAAUGCUGUCGUAACUGAUUUAGUGAUUGAUGAAAGUCCAGUUGUACAAAAUGACUCCAUUUCGAAACCAGACGACUUGGACAAUAAGAAAUCUAAUUCUCCAUUUGAAGACGACUUUGGGAGUCAAGCAAACGGUGCGAGCGAACCACCAAAUCUAUUAAUUAUCGAUGACGAUGAAGCCAAACAAUCAGAAUCUGUUGAUACCGUUGUUAAAUCUAUUGAGGAAUUGGAUCUGAAGAUAAUUACCAGCAAUGAGAACGGAAUUGAUGACGCUGGUAAAGUGGACACAUUUCCUCCAGAAACCGAGUCCAAAGUAUUCACCUAUUCAGGGCGAAGGCUCGAAUCGAUUAAAUCUGAAGAGGAAAAAUCAAACGAUGACAGUCACAGCCACAGUCAGAAUAGUGAAGGAAUAGUACAAAUGAAAAAAUCAGACUCGUUUAAUAUUUUUAAACAAAACAAAGAUCCAUUUGGAGAUGAUGAAUUUUUUACGUAGCUCGACACUUUAUUCAUGGUGUUGAUCCAAAUCAUCAAUCCAAAUUCAAAACUUUUUUUGCACGCAACUGACUUUUCCGCUGGACGUUUUCGCAGCUAUUAAGGAGCAAUACGUAAAAUCAUGGACACUACAUCAAGCCGACCGACCUACCGAAACUGGGACGAAAUGAAGAAACCAACUUUGCAAUAUUUAAUUAGCACUUUGUGUGUGACUGGAUAUAAUAUUAGUCAAGCAUUUCAUAUUAUUCACACGAAUCUCAAUGUAAUACUUAAAAACGUAACUAAUUGUGACCUAUUUAUUAGUAUUUAAGCAUAGAAAACUGAGGGGUUGUACGUACACUGGGUGGUGCCAUACUUAUAAUGUAGAAUUUCAAAAAAACGCUGUAAAUUGAAUACAAAGGAGAAAACGAAGAAUGCAUUUUAUUUUGUAGAAGUUUCAACUUUCGUAAUAGAGAUAAGUAAUUUAUGUAAUAUUCGCAAUAUUCAACUCAUCAUCUUGUUACCUAAUAAGUAAAACAUAACUCUAUUUAGUCAUUUUUCCAGAAUUGUAUACAUGCUUUACACAUCCUACAAAGAAGAUACAUAUUUCUCUUUCUUCUGUUUUAGAACUUAUAUAUCAGCAUCGCUUAUUUCUUUGACUGUGACUUGAAAUCUAAAUACCACUAUCGCAAUACGACUAAAUAAUUAUACGGAUAAAUAUAUAAAUAAACUCCUUGUAAUUUCUUAAUUUAAGACAAGGACAAAAUAAAAUGUUACACUUUUAUCGAUAUUUAAAA